AUGGCCAAGACAAUCAACAGAGAAGAGCUGGGCAAGGUUGAGAUUAUAUUAGACCGAGAAUUAGAGAAAGCAAAAGGUGAGAUCGGUGUUGGGGACGCUAUUUACUUGGAGGAGCUGUUAUCCGAAAUCAGGGAUAAGUGUGACCAGGGAUUGCAGAACCUCAAAGCCAAACAGGACGAGUACAAAUUAUGGGUGGACAUGUUGGAGCAGGAGUUUCAGCUGAAGUUGAAAAAGAAGAAAGAAAAGUUUGAGGAGAGGAUGAAGAGAGAGAAGGAGAAACACAGAGAAGAGAAGGAAAAGUGGGAGGAAGAGAGAAGUUUAUUGAACGCAAAGUAUGAGGCGAUGCGGUGGACUUAA